AAAAUAAAAGGUUGAAUUAGAUGACUAUACCUUUAAGCUCUGAAUACAUAAACCUGUGAUUUUCUUAUUAGCAGAAUUCCUUGUAAAUAAAUCAUGAAGCACUUUAUAAAUGUGAUCUAUUAUCUAUUGGCAUUUACACAAAAUAUAAGUUAGAGACUGACAUCUGGAAAUGACUUAAAAUUAUUUUCACAGAUGAAAAAACUGAAGCCCAGAGAGAUUAAUUGAUCCAUCCAAGGUUUGGAACCCAGUUCUGAAGAUUCUGCAUAUUCAGACUGCCUUUGAAAGAUAAUUAUAGUCUAGAUGGGGAAAAAUGAACUUAAAGGUGAUUCUGGCCAAAGAUUCAGAGAAUGGAUCAAGCACGUUUUAAAUCAAGAUCUAGUCUUUCAACACAUUAAAAUUAUUUAUCCAACAGCUCCUUUGAGGCCAUAUACACCGAUGAAUGGAGGGCUCUCCAAUGUGUGGUUUGACAGAUAUAAAAUAUCAAAUGAUUGUCCAGAACACCUUGAAUCUAUUGACUCAAUGUGCCAAGUACUUGCAAAUUUAAUUGAUGAAGAAGUAAAAAAUGGCAUAAAGAAGAAUAGGAUACUAGUUGGAGGAUUUUCAAUGGGGGGAUGCAUGGCAUUGCAUUUAGCAUUUAGGAAGCAUCGUGAUCUGGCUGGAGUAUUUGUACUUUCUAGUUUUCUCAAUAAAACAUCUGCUGUUUAUCAGGCUCUAAAGAAGAAUGAAGAUACACUCCCUGAAUUAUUUCAGUGUCAUGGCACUACUGAUGAGUUAGUUCUUCAUUCAUGGGGUGAAGAGACAAAUUCAAUUUUGAAAUCACUGGGCGUGAACACAACAUUUCAUAGUUUUACAAAUCUUUUUCAUGAGCUAAGCAAAAGUGAGCUAGAGAAAUUAAAAUCUUGGAUCCUUGAGAAACUACCAAGAGAAAUGGAAAAAAAACAAGUGAAUAAAACAAGUAUUUUAAGUAGUAAUAGUAUGUAAUGUCCUUAUCAUGAAAAGUGAAGUUUGAUGUCAAAAUGUUGUAUAAUUGCUGAUAAAUAAUUAAGCUAUUAAAACUAAUACUGUUUAGUGAUUUCUCUAA